GAGGUCCUGCAGGUGACACCCCCAUUCCAGUGGGCUAUUUGGCUCCUCCUGCACACCACCCUAGCAGGAUCCCUAAACACCACCUGGGAGCAAUCACGGUGUGCUGAAGUAAUAUACUGCCGUGACCAUAAGGAAGACUGACUAGUUCAGGCCCCUGGGCGCAAGCCCUUACACAUCCCGGUACUUUCCUGUCACUGGAUCUGCGGGCGUAGUGGGUAUAGAAUUUACUGCCGCCCCAAACGCCCUUCAGGGGUCUCCAGGGAGGAAGCCAACGGUGUUAGGAACUAUGGAGCUGGGCAACAGUGUCAGUCCGAGCUCUUUCUCAGAUGCUCCAACCCCGGAAGAGGUACGACCAAGGGAACGCACCGCAGGCUACGCACGUCCGGUAGCCAAUUCUUGGGCCAUUUCUGCGGGCUGUUAGGAGACUCUUAGGCAGGUGGCAACCGCAUCUGCUAGAGCCUAUGACCUCUUCAUCUCCAUCCAGCUGGGGGCCAAGGACCACUCUCAGCACCAUCUUCAGCAUCUGACAUCAUAAAGGAGACUUGGGGGAACCUGCUAGCACUCUGGAGAGCCUUUUUCUGAGACAUGGAGCUUUGGGGUCGAAUGCUGUGGGCCCUCUUUUCUGGCCCAAGGAGGAGGGGAGGCACCCAGGGCUGGGCCUUCAGCUCAUGGCAACCCCAUCCACCUCUGUCCAGUGCCACAGAGCUGGUUAGCUACUGGACUGGUGUCUUUGAGAAGAGAGGUAUCCCUGAGGCCCGGGAAUCCAGUGAGUACAUCGUGGCUCACGUCCUUGGAGCUAAAACAUUUCAGAGCCUGAAGCCGGUACUUCGGACCCAUCCCUUGACCCCUUGGCAACUAAAGUGUAUUCAAGAGCUGAGUAGGCGCCGUUUGCAGAGGAUGCCUUUGCAGUACAUCCUUGGGGAGUGGGACUUUCAGGGGCUCAAUCUGAAGAUGGUGCCUCCCGUGUUCAUUCCUCGGCCAGAGACAGAGGAACUGGUUGAAUGGGUCCUGGAGGCUAUAACCCAGAGAUCCCAUGCAGUGGGAGCCCAAGGUGGCCCCCUCAUUCUAGAGGUGGGCUGUGGAUCAGGAGCUAUCUCUCUUAGUCUACUGAGCAAGCUCCCCCAGAGCCAAGUCAUUGCUGUGGAUAAGGAGGUGGCCGCCAUCUCUCUGACCCAUGAGAAUGCUCAGAGGCUUCGGUUGCAGGACAGAAUUCAGAUCAUCCCACUGGAUGUGACCUCAGAAGGGAGUUGGAAACACCUUCUGUCCUGGGGCUCCAUGGACUUGAUCAUCAGCAACCCUCCGUAUGUUUUCCAUCAGGACAUGGAGCUGCUGGCCCCCGAGAUCCUCAGCUAUGAAGACCCAGUGGCCCUGGAUGGUGGGGAAGAAGGCAUGGACAUCAUUACGCAAAUCCUGGUGCUGGCACCCCAGGUCCUGAAGUACUCUGGAAGCAUCUUCUUGGAAGUGGAUCCAAGGCACCCAGAGCUUGUCAGCAGCUGGCUUCAGAGCCACCCUGACCUAUACCUCAAUCUCGUGGCUGUGCACAGGGACUUCUGUGGGAGGCCCCGGUUCCUACAUAUUCAGAGGUCUGGGCCGUAGUGCGGCUGGUCUGUGGGUGCCUGGCCUGGGAAACCAGCCUGCUUGAGAGCCUACUUGGUUGACCCUUCUUGGAAUUUUGCUCAGAGGAAGGUGGAUGGUACUUUUCAGGUGUUUAUAGCAUUUCCCAUGGUCCUGUGAUUCCCUGUGCUCUACAUUUCUGGGAUACUUAAGGGUAAAAACAAGGACCUGAGUAUCCUUCCAGGGGACGCAAAGAGCAGAGACAUCCACAGUGUGUGGUUUAGGAGCUGGACAGACCCAAAUUGGGUCCCAAUUUGGCCAAUCAGCAAUCAGAGCAGGUUGCUCAUGGUCCCUGUUGGUGAAAUUGCUGUGUGGGUAUUAGAUGUGGCCAAUAAAGUAUUGGGAAACUGACAAAUGGGGACCUAAUGUUUUUGUUACCAUUAUUUGUAGUACCCUUACCUUCAAAGGUUAUGGGAGUGAGGUCCUUCUACCUCAGCAGGGCUGACUGUCAGUCCUCUAUGUGGUACAGAGGUGGAAAGCAGCACAUGGGCACUCCUUUCCAGCCUUGGAUACCAGGGGAACUGGCCCUGAGCAGCUCACUACCAAGAGUUGCCUUAGUCCACCCUUGCCCUGGAUGCUCUUGUGCAUACCUUCCUCACCAGGCCUGGGCUCUGAGCAUAGGAAUCUUCAACUUGGAGAUCACUGCCUGCUUCCUGGAGGGAGUGGGGCUGAGGGUACUUAACCAUACAGUUUUGGGGUUGUGCAUCCACAUUCAUUUAACUAAAGUUUUCAGCCAAUGAGAGGUGAG